AAGGGCUGCUUGCUCUCUAGACUAGUGCAGUGCAACCGUGUCAUCGGGGCUCGGAGGUGCUUUUUUUUGCCUUCACUCGAAGCGGGACAACAAUGAAUGCUGGAUGGAAGGAAGCCAGGGACGGCGUUCGGGAUGCUGCGCGAGCGAUGACGCGCAGGACCGUUCGUGGCCGAAAGAGAGAGCAGUAGCUGCUUUACAUUUAUUAUAAAUGAUCCGACAUCAGCUCAUGAGCACCGUGCGCCAGUUUGAUAAUUUAACAUGUCUGAAAUAGUGCCCCCAGAAGUGAGACCCAAACCAGCAGUCCCAGCCAAACCUUCUCAUGUUGGCCCAUCCUCUACUGGGAUCCCUUCAGCCCUUGGCUCACAGGGGUCGGGGGUUGGAGGCCAUGGGUCAGGUGGAGGUUCUGCACUUUUGGGAUACAUUGGGAUUGACACCAUCAUCGAACAGAUGAGGAAGAAGACCAUGAAGACAGGAUUUGACUUUAACAUCAUGGUCGUGGGCAGCAGUGGGUUGGGGAAGUCCACCCUGGUCAACACACUUUUCAAAUCCCAGGUCAGCAGGAAGAGCUCAGGCUGGAGUCGAGAUGAGAAGAUCCCCAAGACUGUGGAGAUCAAGGCUGUGUCCCAUGUGAUUGAAGAGGGUGGGGUGAAGAUGAAACUCACUGUAAUUGACACUCCUGGAUUUGGGGACCAGAUCAACAAUGAAAACUGCUGGGAACCCAUCUCAAAGUACAUCAAUGAGCAGUAUGAGAAGUUCCUGAAGGAGGAGGUCAAUAUCGCUCGCAAGAAGCGCAUACCAGACACUAGGGUUCACUGCUGCCUGUAUUUCAUCUGCCCUACUGGACACUCUUUGCGGCAGCUGGACACAGAGUUCAUGAAGCACUUGAGUCGUGUGGUCAACAUCAUCCCUGUCAUUGCCAAGUCUGACACGCUGACAGUGGAGGAGAAGAAUGAAUUUAAGCAGAAGGUCAGAAAGGAAUUGGAGAUAUCUGGAAUUGAGUUUUACCCUCAGAAAGAGUUUGACGAAGAUUUGGAGGACAAGAGCGACAACGAUAAGAUCAGAGAGGCCAUGCCUUUUGCAGUGGUGGGGAGCGACAAAGAGUACCAGGUGAAUGGCAAACGAGUUCUGGGCAGAAAGACCCCUUGGGGGGUGGUUGAAGUUGAAAACCCAAAUCACUGCGAAUUUGCUCAGUUGCGUGAUUUCCUGAUUAGGUCCCACCUGCAGGACCUCAAGGAAGUCACUCACAAUAUCCACUAUGAGACAUAUCGUGCCAAGCGGCUUAAUGACAACGGAGGCCUCCACCCAAUCUCCUCUGCCACUCCCAGUGACACGCAGGAGAGCAAUCUGUGAGCAGAGAAGGGGAAUGCGUUAGAAAGAUACAGGAAGAUGGUGUCAGGAGUUUGCAUUGUGUCAGCAUCACUGCAUGCUUGGAAGAUGUAAAUGCAGUCAGACUUUCUGUAACUAUAAUGAAAAGACAUUUUCUGUACUACUCCAUCUCUCCUUUACAGCACCCCCAAAUGCACAAAAGACUGACCUUUUAAUAUAAAGAGAGACACACUGAAGAAAGAGAACAAAUUGACCUAUUGACCUAAAAUCUAUUAACCAAAUUAUAUAUAACCAAAUAUGAAUGUUUUUUAUCCAUCUUGUCUUUCUCACCCCAGUUCUGUUGUAUGGAUUCAGGUGGACGUUUGGCUGGUUUCUUCCAUCUGUUUAGUUUUUGUAUUUGUCUAUGCGCAGUUUACUAUUCUGCAAGCUGAACACAUUAUUUUCAUUUCUACAUUUUCCAGCACACCGGUAAUUUGCUUUCUGUAUAUUUCCUUCCCCUGUUCCACAGAGUAAACCAUGAUCAAAAAGCAAACUUACACUUUGAACAGUCUUCCAUGAUUAACUGUAUAUAUUACAGUAUAUCAUAAUGCUUAUUCAUUAAGUAUAAUAGGAUACUACUGUUUGAAAGAGUUUACCAUGGCACAACAGACUUCUGAGUUGGUGUUAUACUGUAAUGUAUAGCAUAACAGUACAAUGGCAGCUUCUGGAAUCUGAAAAUAAACAUCUGGUCUCUCAAUAUAUAAACUAGUAUUAAAGGUCAGUCCUCAGAGAAUUGUUACAGUGUCACAAGACUUUCUCGUAAAAUUUUGUACAAUCACAUUAUAUGUGCGAGUGAGUGUGUAUAUAUUGUCUUUUGUGUCUAGGACAUAUCUUGUCAUGUAACAAGUAGUUGUAUAAUUUAUUUCAAUGUAAGUAUGGUAGUUGUUUUGUAAGAAAAAAUAAAAGAUAGUAUUGAGAAUAAAUUAAAGGCGGUGCAACUUUAUAACAGAAUUUUCUGCAUGCAAAUGUAAUGAUGUCUGGUCUUUUUUUCUUGAUGUUAUUCUCUAUUAUACUUUACUUCAAUACAAGUUUUAUGAAUCAGUUUAAUGAUUUGUAAACUUUUAUUCUUUAUUAAUAAUUUUUUUUUAUAUAAAUACAUAUAUAAUGAUGUUGCUUUCAGUAUAUCCAACAUCAAUAUCUUAAGUUAUAUCAUACCAUAAUAUACAUGCUUUUUUCCAGUUCUUAAUUUUCCUUUUUAUUUACAUCAUGAGACAAUGUGUUACACUGUAUUUUCAGCAGUUUUACAUUUUAUUUGCUGAAACUUAAUUUCACCAAGUGGACCAUCUUUUCCUCAUAUUCUUUCCUGGCCAUUUUCCUUUGUCCGGUACUUGCCAAAUAUCCUGUGCUGAACCUAAAACAAAAGAACAACUACAGCAAAAGUAUGCUUUGUGUGUGAAUGAUAAUUGUUAUUGUUGCCAUAAUAUUGGUGUGUUGAUUAUGAUUUUUGUAAAAGGAAAAUAAAACUUGACUCUUUAAUUACUUA